CCUCUGUUCGCCCCUCCCUCCCUGUGUCAGCUGUUUUUUUUUACAGGACUCCCCAGGAGCACCACGCUGAAAAGGAUGCCCACCUAGAGCAACCCGAUGUACGAUGACCGAAAAAUGCAGAUAACUUCUUCAGAUUAAUCGACUCUUCACGCAAAGUACACAUCUGUGAGGAGAAGUCGCCGACUAUUUGUGGCUGCUGCAGAGGAUUAACAGGGGUGAACGGUGGCUAAGCUAGCUAUUAUUAACACCCUGUGACAAGUGUAACUAGGGGGGUGACCGAGGUGACCAGAUCUGGACACAGUUUGGUACUUUGUAAACUGCUUCAGUAAUGCAAGUCAAAGACCUAUACGUGUCUGCUCCUGGGAAGGCGAUCCUGCACGGAGAGCAUGCAGUUGUGCACGGGAAGGUGGCUCUUGCUGUAAGUCUGAAUCUGAGAACAUAUUCGAGGGUUAAAGCUACAACCACAGGAACUGUUUGCAUUAACCUCCCCAAUAUCAACACAUUCCUCUGCUGGGAUCUUUCUGAACUGAAGCAGCUCAUUCCUUGUUCUGGUGGUAAGAAGGAGGAGGGGAAACUUCUGGAUGCUGAACUUGUGGGGAAACUGCGAGAUUUUGUUGGUGCCACAAAUGGAAACUCGGAAACUUCCACCAUGGCCACAUUAUCCUUUCUCUAUAUCUACAUCUCAUUAUUUCGGUCAAGUGAACUGCCCAGCCUGACACUGACCGUGUGGUCGGAGCUACCUACUGGAGCUGGACUCGGCUCAAGUGCAGCAUACUCAGUGUGUUUAGCUGCAGCUUUGCUCUGUGCCAGUGGAGCCAUUCCCACUCCCCUCAAAGAAUGGGAUCCAACUGCCAGGUGGUGUCAGGAGGACCUGGAGCUGAUCAACAGCCGGGCCUUCCAGGGGGAGAUGAUCAUCCAUGGUAAUCCUUCAGGAGUGGACAACGCUGUAGGAACAUGGGGUGGCAUGCUGAGAUUCUUGGCUGGGAAGAUAAUACCACUAAGCAGGGUGCCGUUAUUAAGAAUCCUCCUCACUAACACCAAAGUACCGCGCAGCACCAAGGUACUUGUUGCCCGGGUGAAGGACAAGAUUAACAAGUUUCCCUCCAUCAUGACCCCGGUGCUUGACUCUGUUGAUGCCAUUUCCUGCACUUGUGAGAAAGCCCUCUCAGAGAUGACCUGCAAGCCGAUCACAGGAGAGCACUACAACACUCUGGAGGAGCUCAUUGACAUUAACCAGCAUCACCUGAAUGUGAUGGGGGUGGGACACCCUGCUCUGGACACCCUGUGCCGAGUUACAUUGACCAAAGGGCUCCACAGCAAGCUGACCGGUGCAGGUGGAGGAGGCUGUGGCAUCACUCUUCUCAGACCAGAGACAGACUCCUAUGUUAUCCAGACUACAGUGCAGGACUUGAGGGACUGCGGCUUUGACUGCUGGGAGACGAGUAUUGGCGGGCCAGGGGUCCAGCAGCACUCCCCUCUCUCUAUCAAAGCGGAAGUUCUGGAGAUUUUAAAUCAUUACUGACACCCACCUGUGACUGUGGCUGAGCAAGAGGACUGAUGGGCAAUUUUUCAUUGUUCUUACCUCAAGACCUGUCGACCAGUACGCUUGAAUAACGAAGUGAUCUGAUGGGACAAAGGAGAAAUCCAUACUGACUAAACUGGUCAGAGCUUCCUGAAGAGAUUACCGUAAUUUAGAUUUUACUGACUGAAAAAAAUGUUAGUGGCCUGGUUGGUAGAUUCAGAACAAUGUGUCUACAACAAGUUACUCAUAUUAAUUAUGAACAAAGGGGAAAAAAGAUGAAUUUAUAUUUUGAAAGAACUCACCGAGUGUUUGAACACACUUGAAAGAACAAAUGUAUGUGCUGAGCACUUUGGCCACUAGAUGGCAUCAGAGUUAAAGAAAUGUUUUCUAUGAAACAGGAUUUAUGGUUAGGGACUGAUAAAUUGAUUAAUGUGUGAGCCAAGCACUGGCAGGAUUUAAUUUAUAGUUUCAUCCAAAUAUUAAAGCAGCAGGGCAGACCUAUCUGAACAGAUUAAAUCAUUGUAUGUCAUUAAUUACUCUGUCCUGAAAUUGAAAAAAGCAAUGUUGUUAUAUAUUGGCUAGAAUUAAAGUGGUCAUUUGUAGAGUGACAGAAAAUUAAAAUAAGAGAGAAAAGAUGA